AUGCUAACAUAUUGUUUUCUCUCCAAGCAGAAUCUCGACGACGAUGAAGUCGAUCGAGAGCCUUCUCCGGCUCCUGCUCCCGCGCCGGCUCCCGCAGCAGCUCCGGCUGCUGGAACUCCUGGCUGCCCGGUGUGCGACAAGAAGGGGAAGGAUGCGAACACCCCAAAGCACUUGGUCACCCACGUGACCAAGUGCUAUGUCGAGGGGUGUCCCGACCAGAACCCCGACUUCGAAGGCCGGAACGGUGCGGCAAGGUUGGGCAGCCACCUGGUGGACGUCCACCACCACGGUGUCUGCGAGUGGCCGUGUCAGUGGCCGGAGUGCACCAACCGCUCGCAGUGGAGCGACCCCAGGCAUCUGAAGUUCCAUCUCAGACUCCACAACUACGACCUCGGCAUUAAGGCAGCCGAGGCCGAGGAAGAGGAGGAGGCAGAGGAAGAGGAAGAGGAAGAGGAAGAGGAAGAGGAAGAGGAGGAUGAGAUGGAGGAGGAAGAGGAAGAGGAAGAGGAGGAUGAGAUGGAGGAGGAGGAGUAG